AUGACGGUCCCAGAGUCCAUGGAUGUUGUUAACGGAGACGAAGCGACCAAGGAGCCGCUGGCACCUGGCACUCCACCUGGAAAGGGAAGUGAGCGAGCAAGCACCACAGAGGAUUCUCAUGUCAAUUGGAUACCCGGUGUUUUUCCAGACAUUGAAGAUCGUCUAAAGCAAUUGCAGACGCCUCUUCCUACUAGAUCUACCUUCAGUAUAUAUGGUAACCAAGGACCACGCAAGGGACAUUAUGAAUCCACCACUUUCCCUGGAGAGACCACGACAACAAAAAUAGUUUCACAACCAAGGUUCGCUCAGGUGCCAGAAUGGCUGAUCAUCGUUGCCGCGCUUGUGGCACUCGCGUUGAUUCUGGCAGUGUGCAUCGCUGUGAACAGCUGGAGAAGGUGUGGGCAGAAGAAAAAGCUAGUGAUUAACAAUGGCAAAGGGGCAGUGGAGGACAGGAAGACAAGUGGUUUAAAUGGAGAUGCCAGCAAAUCACAAGAAAUGGUGCACUUGGUUCAUAAAGAACAGUCAAAUGACCAAACAGGAGCAUGUGACGAAUUCCUGACCAUUAAUGAAACACAAAGUCAUCAGGAGCUUGACAUGAAGAGUGGAGUGUAAUGGUACCGAGCUGCCAAGUAGAUCAGAGCUAAGGAAAUCAAAAUCAUGUGGAACUUGGACAGGAAUUCACAGAUACACUGAGCUACUGAUGUCUUUUGAACAUAAUUAAACAUAAGUUUUACUCAUUUUUAAUCACUUUAAAAUGGUAUCUGAGUUACAAAAUUGACACUGGCUUUCUAUAAUUAGCCC